AUGAAAAAUGUGAGAAAGGAACAGAGGGGCGAUGACGACCCAGAGGUGCCAUCUCUGUUGCAGACUUUCCAUCUCCUGAGUCCGAGCACGACGCGUCUUCGCGACCAAAUGCCAAAACCUAGAGCCUCGUCUCUGCUCAACCAAAAACUCAUCCAGACCGCGGAUUCAUCGCAACGAUGCGGGCGGACCAACAAGAGGAUUGUGGGCGGGCAGGAGACGGGCGUGAACGAGUACCCUUGGCACGUGGGCGUCGCCAGGAGGGGGCAGACCCAUCCCUUCUGCGGCGCCUCCGUCAUCUCACCACGUCACGUGCUCACGGCGGCGCACUGCACGGAGCCGAUCACCAAAUACAGGUGGAAGGUCGAGGCUCUUGUCGGGUACCACCACCUCGCCUCCACCUCCUCCACUCCCGCUGCCAGAAGACUUACCAUUGGCACGUGA